AGUCGAGCAGAAGAGUGGAGUCAGUGUGAACUCCAGUAGUGUAAAAAUGUAGAGAUACGUAUCUAAACCAAGGCUGAGCCGCACCAAAUUAUCCCGAGAGGACGCCUUAGUGUUCUCACAGGCUCGGUUCGCUCAGGGUUUCCGUUCUUCCUCUCGUUUUGUUUUCUUUUUUACACAGCUGAAGCGUCCUCGUCUGGCCUCCGCAUAUCCAAGCCAAAGCAUGCAGCUCGCUUUAGUCAGCGACGGAGGCAGAAGUGUUUUGCAGGCUGUUCAGGACAGUCCAGGCUUUCCCCACAGACUGGCUCGGACAGAGCAGAGAGGGUCACCGCCUUCACCUUCUGUUCCCUCCAGCACUGGAGGCAGAGCAGCGAGCAGAGUGAAACCCGGCCCGGGUCUUUGUUCAAAUGCCCCCGCGGAGAGUGAAGCACCUCAGCGCCGCAGAGUCUCCUCAGCUGGAGAGGCAGGACCACCACCGCAGAGUUCUUCAAUGGACCUAAUAACUGGGCAGUACCUGUGUGGUCAGUGGCCGCGAGAGGUUCAUCAGGCCCAGCGCACCUGCAUGACCGAUAAAGCCACACAGACCCCUGGCUUUUGGACAGACGACUUAGAAGGGCUGAAGAUACACAAGCGGUCGGCAUCCUGGUCUAGUGCUGAUCACCGUGGAGAGAUCGCUAAACUGCGUGCACAGCUGCGGAGGAGUGUGCUGGGAAUUUACCAUAACAGCGAGCAGGAAUCAGUUUCCUUAUUUAACCAGGUCCAGACUAAAGAACCUCCAGCAUCCUUGACCAGCUUGACCACCUCAAAGCCAGCUGUGUGUAGAGUGAGCAGCUAUACCGACAGCAUUAACCAUGAGUUAGAGAGUGUGUUUGUCAGCGAUACCUGGGGGACGCAGCAGGAGAGGGAGCUGCAGGAUGGACGGUGUGCUCCAGUCCCUCCUCACCACCAGACACAGAGCGUGGACACACAGCUCGUUUCCAACGGCCAUCACAGCCCACAUCUGUUCCCCUUUUCCGCUGACCUCCCACAAGCCCUGGACUCCUUCACCAGCAGGCCUGACUUUAGUGAAGGCCAUGACUAUGUGAACGAGAGCAGCUCACCACUGCCCCCACUGGCCAGCUCCCCCAAACCCAACAACAGCUUCAUCUUCAAACGGGUUCCUCCUGAGGGCUGUGAGAAGAUCAAGGUGUUUGAGGAGACUUUCCCUUGUAGGUCAAAAGGCUUCCCCGUCUUCUCCUGCCCCGACAGAAACAAAGUGAGCUUCGUCCCGACUGGCUCAGGACCCUUCUGCCCCGUCAGACAGCUGGACUCCUCUUUCUUUCCUUCAGUCUGUGGGUCCAGCUCCCAGAGCGGGCAGCCCACGGGUCAGUUUAAACAGGCCGGGGGACGAGAGAGACCACCUCCGCACUGCUGCAGCACCUACAGGACACUCCACUGCUAACUGAAAGUGCCGCCAUCAGCAGCUCGGAACUGAUAAAUCUCCUCAAAGGUCUUAAUGCAGUAUAGAUCUACAGGUCAAGGUUAAAAGGACUCAGGGGCUGUUAAAACAGUCCAGCAGCUACUGUGCUUGAACUGACUUGUUAAAAAAUGACAGCAUUGGAAUGUUGUAAGAAAACCUCGCAUCUCCAAAAUGUUAAGGACAACAAUGGGCCUCAUUCACCAAUCGUUCAUAAGAAGAAAUUUCUUCUUAAAACCAACUUGCGCAGUUUUCACGAAGAUCCUGACAGUGUUUUCUUAUUUGGGGUUUGUUCUUAGGUAAGAACAGAAUCUGCACUCACUCAAGAGCACAAAGGUGAGAACUAUUCUGUGCUUUAAGAACACGUCAUGAAUCUGACGUAGACUUUUUCUUAGGACCUUCAUCAAGAACAAAUUUAAGAAGAAACUUAGGAAGAUAUUGGUGAAUGAGGCCUGAUGCUCUUAACAUCUUUUAAAAGGGAACUUUCAACUUUCUACAUUAUUGUUGAGAAGUGAUAAAGUCAGUGGUUUAAGAUGAAAUGGUUUAUUGCAGAGAAACUUACUGACCCCUACCAGUUUUCUUUACAGGGUGGUCAUAGGAACCAGGGGUUGUGACAAAACAAAAAUAUAGCUAAGAAACUUUUUCAUCCAAAACCAUCAGUGAACCUACACAUCUUCUGAAUUUUGAUAGUAGAUAGUAGUAAAACCAAGAAUCAUAAAAGACAUCAGGCAGCAGAUUCUGGUCAUCACCACUGCGGACAUUUCUGGCUUGGUACGUUUCUCUAGAAUGAACCAUUUCACAUUAAACCACUCUGAAAGAGUUUGUGUACAUCUUAACCAUUUAAGUAUGAACUAUUGGCAGCAUUCCUCUUUAUUGUAAACGGUUUGCUUGGUCCAUUUUCCAAAUCCCACAGUGUAAAGGACAGUUUCAAAUGGUGUAAAAAGUAGACUUUAUGACAGUGUAUUAAUUGUAUCUAGAAAACUUCAGAAAUAUCAACAUGUCCAAAAUAACCAUGAGAUCUGUUCCUCAAAUAAUGCCCAACACCAUUUUUAAUAAGCAGAAUAUUUGUCUGAAUGUACACACUGAACUACUGUCCUUUUAAACCUGGGAAGCACAAUGAUGGGUGAGUUUCUGGCUCAAUGGAAAAUCUAAUGAAUCUCGACUCAGACGUACAUAUUUUAAUCUUUUUAUUACUAUUUGCAUUCAUGCUUUUUAUAUGGUCACAUUUAUUUAUGUACGAGUUGUAUAGUUACCCAGAUGAUACAAAAAAGCAAUAGUACAAGACAAAAUAGCCAGUCGUUUUUUACUUAUAACAAUGUUUUGAUGUUUAUAAGAUGUAUCUGAGGUGUUUAAAUGGUGCUAGUUAUAUUAAACUAAGCCUUAUUUAGCUAAAUAGAA